AGCAACCAGGUACCAUCCACAGAAAGUAAGAAGAGCGAACGUGUGGAUCUCUUUAACAGUUGAAUCGCAUUUUUGUUCCUCUCCUCUCCAAAAUGUGGGCUAAAUUCAGAGCCCCCCUUAGAUCUCUCCACCUUACUCCCAUAACAAACAUCCCUCAAAAUCGAACAGCACAAGAAAACAUUAAGGAACAUCAUCAUGUCUCUAACAAUUAAACUAACCAUAACUCCUCACAUAAUUAACCUUAAUCUCCACCCAAAACACCGCACAAAAAUUCCAGCUUACAGCCUCGGAUUCCGACCAAAACCAAUCUACCAUUCAAACGCACUAAUCCCCAUUCUAUAUAACAACAAACAACCCAGAAUGUCUCAAGCUUCUGUUUCCGGUUCAGUUAUCAAGAGUUCCUUGAUCGAGCCAGAUGGUGGAGUGGUGGUGGAUGUUAUAGUGCCAGAGAGCGAGAGGGGGUCAAAGACUUUGGAAGCAGAGUCAUUGCCUAAAGUGAGGCUGGCAAGGAUUGAUGUAGAGUGGGUCCAUGUGAUAAGUGAAGGAUGGGCGAGUCCAUUGAAAGGGUUUAUGAGAGAAAAUGAGUAUUUGCAGAGUUUGCAUUUCAAUUCUUUAAGAAUGGGAAAUGGGACAGUGGUUAAUAUGUCGCUUCCUAUUGUUUUGGCAAUUGAUGAUGAGACUAAAGAGAAUAUUGGGUCUGCAAAGGAUGUUGGGCUGGUUGGUCCUGCUGGUGAUUUGCUUGCUAUCCUUCGAAGUACUGAGAUAUACAAGCAUAACAAAGAAGAAAGAAUAGCUAGAACAUGGGGGACAACUGCACCUGGACUGCCAUAUGUUGAGGAAUUCAUUACUCCAGCUGGUAACUGGCUCAUAGGUGGAGAUCUAGAAGUUCUAAAGCCCAUCAAGUACAAUGAUGGGCUUGAUCACUAUAGGCUCUCUCCCCAACAACUCAGGAAGGAAUUUGAUAGACGUCAAGCUGAUGCAGUUUUUGCAUUUCAGUUAAGGAAUCCUGUUCACAACGGGCAUGCCUUAUUGAUGAAUGAUACACGUAGGCGGCUUUUGGAAAUGGGUUAUAAGAAUCCUAUUCUACUGCUUCAUCCCUUAGGAGGUUUCACUAAGGCUGAUGAUGUUCCUUUGGCUGUUCGGAUGGAACAACACAGCAAGGUUCUAGAAGAUGGGGUUCUUGAUCCUGAAACUACCAUAGUUGCUAUAUUCCCAUCACCUAUGCAUUAUGCUGGUCCUACUGAAGUGCAAUGGCAUGCCAAGGCUCGAAUAAAUGCAGGUGCUAACUUUUACAUUGUAGGUCGCGAUCCUGCUGGUAUGGGUCACCCAACAGAGAAGAGAGAUUUAUAUGAUCCUGAUCAUGGAAAGAAGGUUCUAAGCAUGGCUCCAGGCCUGGAAAAGUUGAAUAUUUUGCCAUUUAGGGUGGCAGCAUAUGAUACUGUGGCAAAGAAGAUGGCAUUUUUUGAUCCAUCUCGUUCCAAAGAUUUCCUCUUCAUCUCUGGAACCAAGAUGAGGACUUACGCAAGAACUGGUGAGAACCCUCCUGAUGGUUUUAUGUGCCCUGGUGGUUGGGAAGUCCUUGUCAAAUAUUAUGAGAGGUUGCAGGCAGAAGAGGCAACACCAGCUGCCGUAUCUGCUUAAACCUAUGAUUUGUUACCUUCCGAAUAGCUCGAAGAGAAGAAAGAGUUUUUAUUAUAGGUUUCAGCAGAAUGCAAUAAUUUGGUGCGGCGGCUAAUGGAUUUGAAGAUCUUCCCUUCGAUACCUGGCGGUUAGCUUGGAAUUUUUCACUAGGUUAUGUUUGUUACAAAUGUAAAAAUGUUGGGUUGUUCUGUUCUGUUAUUCAUUUUUAAGACAAUUAUUUAUGCACGGGGAAAAUAUUUACUGCUAUCAAUUAUUAUAAAAUUAACCAAGGUGGUUUUCUUGCAUUCA